AUGCCUCCUUAUUUUGAUAAUGCAGAUUCAGUUACGUUUCGAAAACGCGAAAAACUUGUUGCUCUACUAGGUCGAACUGAUACGGGAAAAACAAGUACAUUUAAUUUAAUGACAGGUCUUUCUCAACCAAUCGGUAAUCGAAUAUCAAGUACAACACAUCAAUGUUAUUCUUAUUCAAAUUUUAUUGAUACACCUGGUUUUGGUGAUACUCGUGAUAGUGAAGCAUCUCAUCUGUCUUUAAUAGAUUUUUUUAUUUCACUAUCAUCUGGUAUUGAUAUUCUACUUUAUUUUGUUCGAUAUGGAGCAAUGAAUUCAACUGAUCUUGAUUUAUUUGUUGAUAUAUAUAAACGAAUAUUAUCUAUUGAAGCUUAUUCAAAUUCUUGUCUUGUUAUAACUGAUUAUUCAUUACCAAAUCUUGAACAAGUAAAUAUUAAUGAACAUGAAGAAAGAAAAUAUCUUCUUAAACAAUUACAUGAUAAUAAUAAAUAUUCAUAUAUAUUAGAUAAAUUUGAUAAUCGAGUUAUAUUUAUUGAUAUAUCACCAUAUGAUUAUAAACGACGAGAACUAUCAAAAGAAAUUAUAGAAAAAUUUCUUCAUUCAUUUCAACCAAUAAAACGUUUUAAUUGUCAAAAUCUUCAAGAUGCAUAUCGUCUUCUUCGACGUACACAAGAAAUGGAAAUACUUUGUUUAGAUUUAAAAACUCAAAUUGAUCAAUUAACAACACAAAAUCAACAUUUAGCACAUUUAUAUGAACAACAAAUACGACAUUGUAAAGAUUUAGAAGAAUCAUAUCAACGUUCAAUAAAACAAUUAGAACGAAUACAUGAACAAACUUUAUUAACUAUUGAAAAUAAUCAUCUAAUAACAAUUGAAGAAAUGAAACGACAAGAAUUUCGUAUAUGUGAUGAAGUUAAACAAGUACGACAUCAAUUAGAAGAAAUUGAACAUGAAAUGGAAAGAAGUUUAACAUUUAAUGUUUUUUCUUAUAUUCCACUUAUUCAUAUUGUAACAAAUAUUAUGGAAUUAAAUACUAAACGACGUAUUACACAACGUAUUCGAAAAACAUUACAUUCGAAAAAGAAACUAUUAUAA